CCGCCGCUCACUCCCGCACGUCCUUUGAGAACACCUUGAGGACCUAUCUCAUGUCUACUUCUGGAGUCAGUACUGGUGCAGGGGACUCUGAAACGGCGCGGUAUGUUGUGCAAAGCUCCGACGUUCUUGAGGACAUGCGAGUGAAUGUUCAGGCGGAGGGAUCGGAGAGGGUAGUGUGGUACAAGGAAAGAUUCCUGUCGGACGACGAGAUUAUCGAACACAUUGUGGAUAACGAGACCUCUACGCUGCUUUGGACAAUCCACCGGCCGAAGCGCGGGUGGUAUAUCCGCGUGCGCGCACCCUCCUUCCCCCCGGGCGUGUUCAUUUCCCUCACCCCAAUACCGCAAACGUCGCCCUAUCAUGCAGAGGCCGCCCUUUCGUUUGCGUGCCGGACGAAUCUCCCUGCAACACCGACGUCACCGCCAUCACGAACACGUCCUUCCAUAAUCACGAACUUCUCGACCGACUCGGAUGCGACGCUCACCAAUGGCAGCCGCGACUCCAUGCACUCCUAUCCACCAACACCACCACAGGGCCCCUCCAUCGUGGUCAACCCGCCCUCGCCGCGCUCCGUGCACGCAAAGCUCGACUCCGUGUCCCUCUCCCCGACGCUUCGGCCUCAGCGCCGACCCGCGCCGCCGACUGUGCAAUCUGCGGUCACGCACUUCGUGUUGACCCCGCACUCCCGCGCACACAUCCCGGAGCAGGUGCAGCAGGUAUCGAUAUUCACGCGACUCAUGUCCGUGAUUAAAAACAACGCCCCGAGCCAUUCCUACUCGUUCACGCUCUCGCCCAUACCCUCUGCGCCUCUGCCGGCACCGACACCGGCGCCACCCACCUCUCCAACGAGCGAGGUUGAGCCGAGGCUAAUUGCGGGUGCUGAGGCGGGCGCGGGCACGAGCGACGGGAACCCACUUACGCCGGUUCCGCUGCUGACGUUCCACGACCGGACGCCGGUCUGGACCGCACACUGCAACUCGGGGCUGAUCGAGCUGGAUGAGCGGCAGGUCCGCGUCCUCGGCGUCGAGCCCGCGUUCUACAUCGCGCUCGCGCUGACGUAUCUGGAGUUUCUUCAGGAACGGGAGAGUUAUCUGGUCGCUGCGUAUGACUAAGACAUAAUAAUGGACGGGGGUCGCGCUAUGCUAUUGCUGUCUGUAAUUUAUGCUAUGUCUAGGAAGGUAUCGUAUCGUAUUGGUUGGUCUCGUGGACCACAUGCAC